AUGAGAGAGAUCGUCGUCUUCUGCUGCCUGGCCGCCGGCGCCGCGACCGUGGACUGGCGCGCGGCGCUGGACCUCGACGAGACGCCCUACGUCCAGCGGGCGCGGUCCGCGGGCUGGCGCGCGGACCUCGCCGCGGCGCUCGACUUCGACCUCGCGAGCCUCGGGUCCGCCCACGCCCUGGCGCAGAGCCAGGUGUCCAAGGAGGGCUGGCUCGCGACGCACGCGCGCUGGGUCGAGCGGUCGCCCUGCGGCGGCGCGGCCGUCGCGGGCGCGGCGCCGGGGACCGAGCGCGCUCGCCGCGACGUCGACGGCGACGGCGUCGCCGAGGCGUUCGCGGCGGCCGUGCACCCCGUCUGCGUCGGCGACGUCGCCGUGGACGCCCACUUCGGCCACUGCGGCCUCGCGACCUGCGGCGCCGCGGCGGCGACGCGGCCCUGGACCGCGGACCUGCCGAGUCCGUACUACGCGGCGCCGCGGGCGCCGCGCAACGGCGUCGGGAGCGCCGGCGUGGCCUGCCGCCCGACGUUCCGGCCCCGGGGCCCCGUGGCGAACCCGCUCAACGGCCACCGCUACGACGUCGACGGCCGUCUCUUCGUCGUCGGCCGCGCGGUCUCGACGGACGGCGCGCCGGCGGCGUUCGCGACGGUGGAGCUCUGGCACGCGGACCCCUACGGCGUCGCGCCCUUCGGGGGCUGGACGCCCCUCGCGCGCGCCCACGCGGCCGCCGGCACGCUCCCGGCCGAGGACCACUACAGCCCCGCGCGCGACGGCACGGGCUGCCACGGCGUCGCCGUCGCGGACGCCGCCGGCCGCUUCUCGUUCGAGACCGUCAACCCCGGCGCCUACGGCCCGCCCCAGCACGUCGAGCUCCGCAUCACGGGGAGCGACGCGGCGGCGCCGCUCUACACCAAGGUCUACCUCGGCGACGACCCCGAGCUCCUCCUCCUCGCGAGAGACAACCGCGCGUCGCUCGCGCUCGAGCCCCGCGUCGUCGCGCCGGGCCCGGCGCCGGGGGCGCUCCCGCGGGCCCGCGACUUCCUCGUGAACCGCACGCUCGAGCUCAACGUGACCCUCGCGCCGGCGCCGGCCGUCGCGUCGGACUUUUCGGGCCUCUGGAGCGACGGCCGGGGCUUCGUGCGAGUCGCGUCGAACGGCGCGCGCUUCGUCGCCGCCGAGGCGCCGACGGCCCGGACCUGGGGCGCCGUCACGGCGGCCCACGCGGGGCCCUACGCGCUCCGCGGCGCCGACUUCCGCGCGCCGGGCAACGCGCCCCCGGCCACGGGCGACCUGCGCUUCGCGGCCGCGGCCGCGGGCGCCGGCGACGCGAUCGCGUGGAGCGACGGGUCCACGUGGACGCGCGCGCACGGGCCGGACCUGCCGACCUACCGCUACCUGCGCCUCGUCAUGACCGAGUCGCUGCGGACGCGACCGGGCGGCCGCGUCGAGCUCGACGACGUCGUCGUCUACGGCGGCGUCUUAGGGCGCGCGGAGCCGCGGCGCCGCGCGCCGCCCGCGCCCUUGACGGGCCGCGCGGCGCCCGCGCCCUACCGCUGCUGGGCGUCGACGAAUUCCGAGGACUGCUUCAAGGCCUUGGAUGGGGACGCGAGCCCGGGCACGUCCUGGACGAGCGACGCCGUCGGCGGCUGGGCGGGCAAGCUCUCGGCGCCGCAGGUUUUGGGCUGGGACGUCGGCGCCGCGGGCGCGCUCGCGCCGACGGCGCUCGUCAUCAAAUGCGGCGCGCGCCACAUCUCGCUGCAGAACGUCGGCGCGCUCGACUGCCCGCGCUUCUUCGUUUUGGAGGGCGCGCGCGACGGCGAGGACCCGGACGACGACGCCGCCUACGAGCCCAUCUUCGAGCACCGCGUCUGGAACGCGCGGCACAACGGCGCGGAGACCUACGGCCCGGACGGCGCCGUCUUCGAGUUCGCCGCGGGGACGCGGUUUUUAGGGCGCGCCGCCGGCGAGCGCUGCGGCUCCUGCGGCGCCGACGGCGGCUGCGCGGCGGCGGGGCCGGACCGGACGUGCGCGUCGGCCUACUGCGGCGGCGACGGUCUGUGCGCGGCGUCGGCGCCGGCCUGCCCCGCGGGGUCGGAGCUCGUCGUGCGGUCGCCCGACGACUUUGGCUGCGAGGCCUGCGCCGCGGGCCGCUUCGCCGCGCCCGGGGCUUCGACGUGCAACGGGACCUGCGCGGCGGGCUUCUACUGCCCCGACGGGUCGACGGCCGCGACGGCGCGCGCCUGCGGCGGCGCGACGGUCUACUGCCCCGCGGGCAGCGCCGCGCCGCGGCCCGUGCCCGCGGGCUACUACGCCAUCUUCGCGCGGAACGCGGGCGCGGCGGCCGUCGAGCGCUGCCCGCGGGGGUCCUACUGCGCCGGCGGCGUCAAGCGGCCCUGCCCGGCGGGCACCUACGGCAACGAGACGACGCUCGCCUCACCCGGCUGCUCCGCGCUCUGCCGGUCGCCGGGGUCGUCGUGCGUCGAGGGCAGCGUCGCGCCCGAGCGGUGCCCGCCGGGCACGUUCUGCCCGGGCAACGGCGCGCCCAAGUACCCCUGCCCGCCGGGCACCUACGGCGAAAAGUCCGGCCUCGUCGACGCGCGCUGCUCCGGCCCCUGCCCCGCGGGGUUCUGGUGCCCCGCGGCGUCGACGGCGCCCCGCGACGCGCCGUGCCCGCCGGGGAGUUACGGCGCGCGGCCGGGCCUGAGGGACGCGGCCUGCAGCGGCGCGUGCGAGCCCGGCUACUACUGCCCCGCCAACAGCACGUCGGCGCGCGAGAAGCCCUGCGGCGACGUCGCGUUCCUCGGCGACGGCGCGGCCGUCGCCGCGUAUUGCCCCGAGGGCUCGGGCGCGCCGCGGCCCGCGGCGCCGGGCCACUACGUCGCCGGCGGGGCGCCGGGCCGCCGCGAGGCGCAGGCGGCCUGCGGGCCGGGCUUCCGCUGCGCCCGGGGCUCCCGCUACGCCUGCGAGGCGGGCACGUACCGCCGCGGCCCGGGCCUCGAGGUCGCGGGCGUCGCGGGCGCGCGCCCCGCGCCGGCGACGGGCGACGCCAGCUGCGACGCCUGCCCGCCAGGCCACUACUGCCCCCGGGGCGCGGACGCGCCCGUCCCCUGCCCGCCGGGCCGCUGGGGCAACGGCACGGGCCUCGGGUCGCCCGCGUGCGACGGCGCGUGCGACCGCGGCCACUACUGCCCGGCGGGCUCGCUCGCGCGCGACGCGCGGCCCUGCCCCGGCGGGACCUUCGGCAACACCACGGGCCUGACGACGCCGGCCUGCUCCGCGGCCUGCGUCGGCGACGCCGAGGGCCGCGGCGCCUGCGCCGUCGCGGCGUGCGAGGCGGGCUACUACUGCCCGGCGGCGUCGACGCACGGCCGCGCGCGCGAGUGCGGCGAGGGCCACUACUGCCCGCCGGGGUCCGCGAGCCCCGUGCCCGUCGCCCGGGGCAUGGUCGGCGUCGGCGGCGGCGGGCCGACGACGCGCGCGGCGCAGGCCGCGUGCCCGACGUGCUGCCCGGACGGCGCGACGCGCUGCGCCGCGCCGCGCGACGCGCUCUACGCGCGCGCCUAA